AUGUCUGGAGAUAUAGUCUAUGCUGAUAUCAAAAAUGUUAGGGUUUCACCUUUAGAACAUUCAUCUUCACUUCUGACACCUGAUUCUCACCAUCAAGGAAUUUUUCUGAAAAUUGGAUGUACAAUAAUCAUCAUUCUCCUUGUAAUAAUAAUAAUUAUGCUCAGCAUUUUUGUUAUCCAGUUCAAAUCUGCAAGACAUACUGAAGUGGAUAAGGAAUCAGAAGAGACAUUCUGUUAUGGGAAAAAUAAAUCUGAAACUAUCACCUCAAUAGUUUCUUCCAACUCUUCUACUGCUCAUAAAUCAUGCCCCUCCACAGACUGGAAGCUACAUGGUGGGAAAUGUUACUGGGUUGCUAAAUAUAAGAAAUCUUGGAUUGAAAGUAAAAAUGACUGUGUCACGAAAAAUUCACAGCUCAUGGUGAUUCGAGACUUCAUUGAUAUGAGUUUCCUAUGGCUGCACCUGAAUUGUUCAGACUCUUAUUGGAUUGGCUUGAGUAUUCCAGCUAAUGGAAAAUCAUGGACCUGGGUAGACAACAACCCUUUUGACCCUCAUCUGUUUUCAAGAGAAGAAGGCACACCACAGACUCGGAGCAUGAAAUGUGCCCAACUCUCUCAUACUAACAUAAUUAGGAAAAAAUGUGAAGACAAUAAACAAUGGAUUUGUCAAUUGUAA